UACCACGGGUGUCGAUAAAUUAAAAACUAAAGCAGAGAUUUUUCAGAAAAAAAAACAAGAUGUCUAUGUGGAAACGGCCUUCGGUUAUAAUGCCACUUCUGUUGUCUGUCUGGCUGUUUGGACAGUGCUACGCUUUCAGCUCGACUUUUGGGGUCGCAAAAACCGAAUCACCUUAUGUACUCACGACAACUGCAGCGCCUGAAUAUUAUGAGUGGAAAGACUAUUCGGUUUUCCCAUUUAUUCUGAACAGCCUUAAAAUUGGAUUAUACUCACAUACAAACUAAAAAAAUCGAACAAAACUGACAAAACACCGCUUUUUCUCUUUUAAUUGAUGCUUCAAAACUUGUGAUUCCAAAUUUGACAGUAGCGUUAAAAAAAAAAACAAAAAAAAAAAACAAGAUGUGGUGCAGAACGGCGGUGAUACUGCCAGUGAUUUUAGCUGGAUGUCUGAUGCGUACAAGUGAAGCAUUUGGUGGUAUUUCGUCAUUUGGGAAGGCCAACACCGACCCGCCACCUAAGCCCGUUACACCGGCCGCAACACCGGCCAAGCCGUGUUCGAGGCAUGGCGAGUGCAUCGCGGUUGCCACCAGCUCAUGUGUGAGGACUCACUUCGACUCACAGACGAGAUGUCUGUGCGGGGACAACAGUGCGCCGAUCAACGGGCAGUGUGAAGCGUUGACUAAAUCUCUAUACCACGCCUGCACCAACAGCGAAGAAUGUAACGACGGUCUCAACUGCGGCACCCCAAACAUCACUGACAAAGCCCCUCACCUCCGCAUGCUGGGGCCUAAAGACACCAUCUGUCUCUGCGACACUGAGAGCGGCUUUAGAGAAAAGGACCAUACUUGCAGCGAUGCCGACAUCCUGAAGACGUCGCUAUUCGCCAUCGUCAUCGUCUCCUGCAUAAGGAAGAUGCUGGCGAACUAGUUUAUCACUACACGAGUGUCUGCACUUCAUUAUCGAUCAUUUAUUCGCUGGUAAACUGUAUUUUUAUUAAAUGAUUUAAAUAACAAUGUAACUCAGGGGUUCCGAAUCUUUUAUGUAAGUCUUGUACUUGUUUUUUUUUCUCCUUUGUAACAAAAUAGAAGAAGUUUUAAAUCAGGGUUUCCCAAACUUUUUUGUAACGCUACUCCCUUUACAUGUUAAAACUGAAUGAAACCGUGAAAUCUAUGCGAAGCUAGAGAAUUUCAGCUUUUUUCUUAUACUAGACUUAUUAAUGGGAUAUAGACCGUGAUUACCUUUUGUGUUUUUGUCAAUAUAAGUCUAGUGAAACUAACCGUGAAUCAUUCAAAACUCUUUUUUUAAAUAUUUAGACUGGUCAAAAUAACCAAUGCUUCCCUUCUAUAAAACAAUUAGUUCUUUGGCUUCAUCGUAAACGUUUUUUAGCGAGAUCUCCGUACCAUACACCAAAAACGUCGAAAACUGUAUAGUUAGUAAUUUUAUAUGUAUUUACAAACCGUAUCCAUGUCGAUUGACUUAUGUUAUUUAAUUAUAUUAACCUUUCUAUUCAAGUACUUAAUAAUAUUUUUCUUAAUCAAAUGCCUUGGGUAUUGUGAUUUGUUAAUGAUUACACAUUGUUAUGUAGUUUUUUUUUGGCGAAGCGAUAAACAAAAUACAGAAAAAUACACUUAAAAGUGCGCAAGGUCGGAUCAUAAAUUUGCUCUAAGUUACAUUAAUUAACUAUUAAUUGUAAACUUAAAUAUUAUAUUAUUAAUAUUUUACAACAUGAUGUUACUAAAUAAUGCAUAGCGCACCUUAGUACCUAAUUAGUGUAAUUUUUACGCUUCAUAAUCUAAUAAAACAUGCUAAAAUGAAAGUACCUAAUUAAAAUACUAAUUAAUGUUUGUGCCUAAAAUAUCCGUCCUUUCAAUAAAUAAAUGUCCAAACGUAAAAAAAUGUAAAUAGAAUAAUUACCAAACUAUCACUUAUCGUUACAAUGCUUUUUAAUUUGUGUUUUUACUAGUUUCAUAGAAAAAUAUCUAGUGUGAAUGUUACACACUUUGUUAACUAGAGAGUUUAAAAAUAUAUAUAAUCAAAAUAAUUAAACCACGGCACGCUUUUAGGUAUUUAUUAUAUCACUUUGAGAUUUUAUUUUAGCCCAAAAUACCUUGCCGAAAUAAUCUUUACUCCACAAUAUUUAGCAAUUUGGUAAUAGGUAGGUAAUAGACUAAUAUAGACAUAAGACUAGAUGUUAUUUCAAAAUUCAUUGUAAUUUAGUGAUUGCUACUGCAUUUUUGGAAUGUAGAUCAAGUAUAGAUUUACAAAUGUAAUGUUUUAUUUAAAGUUUUAAUAAAGGCGAUCAAAAUGA